AUGUCACAGGCCAUCCUCUCCGUCUUUUUGUCACUUGCAGCAGGGAAUUUGGUGACUGAAUCUAGACCGAAUUAUAUGUCAGCUGGACGCUUUCUUCAUGCCAAUAUUGGACCAUCGGCUGCACAUCUAGAUGAACCUUAUCAAAACAUGUUUCAGAAGUCAAGUUUUCCAUCCAGUCCUUUUUCACACGAAGGAAUUGAAUCAUCCGGUAUUGCUGGCAUAUCGCUUGCUUCGCAAUUAGUGCAUGACAGCUAUAUGAAACCCGGCAAAGUAACGUAUGGUCAAGGAUCCCCUGUCAUGGCUUCCAAGCCUGGACAGAUCAAAUGGACCCUUACUAAGAACAGCGAACCUAUGUUGGGAAUGCUUAAACAUCUUCUGAAUGGUAACUUUCACAUAGUGGCUGACGCUGUCCACGUGGAUGCUAUACCGCUUCAUGAACGACCUAUGCAGUCGUAUAUUGAAGGUAUGAUUAUAGAACCCAGCAAUCCCAUUGCUCAUGCACAUAAUGACAUGGAACCAGUUCUACCGAUGUAUUUCGGACCACCGGAUUCAGGCAGACCACACCAAAUUAUUCCCCAGACAAAUGUCCACCCGAACAAUGUUGUGCAACCAGUCCCUCUCGAACUUCUUCUCAAAGAAUUCAAUGACAUGAAUGGGAAUGGUAAAUUAAAGCCAAACGAGCACGUGGUUACAUUUGCAAAGCUAUAUCAAAAUUAUAUGAGACUACUCGAAAAGCAAAAGACAACAUCAUCUACUAUGUUAUCAACUGACCUUCCCACUACGUCAGCCAAUUCAACAACGCUCCCAACCACCUCGGAAACCAAGAUAUCAGCUGCAGUUAUCAUAACACCUACUUCAUCCAUGAUUUAUUCAACAAAAAAGAAAGAAGACGCUAACCUUAACAAGAUACCAAACGGUAAAUCUUCUGAUGAUAAGCAAGUCAUGAGGCUUCCAGGUAUGGGACCAGAAAUGCCCACACAGUAA